CGCAUGUAUUUUGAAUCCUGUUUUUGUAAACACAUGAACGAAAGAAAUAUUUCAUGAUUCAGUUUUAAGAUAUUCGUACCGUUUCACUGGAAAUGGAAUUCAAAAAUAUACUCAGUAAGAUUAUGUGUCGAAUAUGUAAAGAGCAAUUUAAAGAGCCUAAAGCGUUGUUUAAACAUUUACAACAAAAACAUGACACUGGACCUGCUGUUAAAAAUCAGCGUACUUGUUCGAUUUGUGGAGUUCAAUGUGCGAAAAAUGAAGCCUAUAGAGAGCACAUGCUUCAUAUACACGGAUUAAGAACUGAACCUCAAAAAUUGACUUUUAAGAACCUAAAUGAUUUUCUUCUUUGGAAAGUUGAGUUGGAAAAGAAAUUCAAUUGUCAGUAUGUUUUGCAGAGUGCUCCUAAACUUCUUCCCACAAAUGAGCGUAAAUAUUUUUAUCAAUGUGAUCGUGCUGGACAAGAUCGCCCUAAGUCGAGAGAAAAGAGAAUAACUACAAUUACCAAAAAAUCAUGUCCGUCAGUUAUUUUAGUUCUUGAAGGAACUGGUAUUCUCAAAGUAGAGUACUGGGAUAAUCAUGUUGGUCACUCCAGGAACUUAGACUCAGGUCAUGGAGAUGAACUCACCUCUGCUAUCAGUACACUUGAAAUGAUGCAAAACAUGGAUUCCCAAGAUUUUGACGACAGUUUAGUUGAAAAUUUUGAAUAUAAUACAGAUUUUGAUUCUAGUUCAUCAUUGUCAAAAUCUCUAAAGCGAUCACCCAGGAAGAAAGGUAAAACUACAACUUCUAAUUUGACUUCAUCACAAAAUGUUAUCAGAACUUUUUAUUCUCCAAGUAACUCUGGUGUUGCACAGAAAAAGCCAGCCAGUUCUGUUCUUUUUAGCUUAGCCUCAGUUGCUUGUGGAAAAAUAAAUAAAAAUAUUAUUUCUGAAAAAAAAAUUAUUAGUCCUCCAAAUAUGGAAACUGUUUCCUCUAAAAAGAUUAGCUCUAUAUCAGGAAAUAAUAAGCCUUCGACAAUGAACUCAUCAAAAAAUGAUACUAGCAUUGCAUCUACUUCAAAAGUUAGUGCUCCAUCAGCAUCUUCAUCAACAACUUGUGUGACAACUUCAGAAUCUUCUGUCUCAGCAGUACCUUCUUCAGCAGUUUCUACCACAUCAAGGGAGAAAACUGCUACAUCCUCAUCAGUUAAUGAAGUUAUACCAAUUAAUGAAGCUACUGUAUUGUCCUCCCCAGUCAACAAUGAUUCAUCUUCUGCCGUAAGUGAUAUUCGGGCAUCUUCACCAAUUGAUGAUAUUGACACAUCUUCACUAGUUGAUGAAAUUGAUAAACCUUUACCAGAUAUUACAACUACAUCAGAUCAAGAAUCAGCAUCAUCUAAUAAAAUGGCAACAUCUUCAUCUAAAACUGUCAGCUUAGCACAAUUAUCAGCCACUGUCUCUGUUUCCUCUUCUACAACCAGUUCAACCAAACAAGUAUCUUCAUCACAAAAUUCUACUAAUGCAACUUUGUCAAAUAAUUUUACUAAAGCAAUGUCAUCAAAUGAGGUUACUAAAACAACUUCUUCAGUUACAAAUGUUACAAAAGCAAGUGCACCAUCUCACACAGCAGGAACAACUUCUUCAUCCAGUAUCACUACAAAAUCCUCUGCACCUUUUAAUGUGAAAACAUCAAGUCCAUCGAUCACCAGUGUCGCCCCUUCACCUAUUUCAAAUUUAGUGCUGGGAACUAAUAUUAAAAAUCCAACCACACCUUUAAUACUCUCGAAUCCUGCUUCUAACCAGUUUUAUGUUUUAGGGCCUGCACUUGGAGCUCAAAGUAAUUUUGGUACAAAUUUAUCAAAUGUCAUACUUUGCCCAGCUGGACAAAAUAUUAUAGCUCCAAAUACAAUAGUUAAUCCUACUGUACCAACAACAUUAAAAAAUAAUAUUGAAAAUCGAAAACGAAAAGCUGAAACUGAAAGUCCUAGUCAUAAUAGCCCCAACGUGAAAAAGAAGCCUUCAACUCAAGAGGUAGUAAGAAGUCCUGCUUCUGGUUCCGUUAGCACUGCUGCAAGGAUUCUUAAUUCAAUAGGUGGUAACCAAUUGUUAACAAACUACAUAGGGCCUCCCCAAUCGUCAGUUGCAUGUAUGAGCAAUAAUGCCAACAACAAAAUAGUUUUAAGUAAUCUUCCUCCUAUGUCAUUUGUAAAUAUUAAUAAUCAGUUAAUUCCUAUUAGCACAGCUGGAACACCUCUAUCCGUCGGUUCAGCUUCAGUCCCAAUAGGUCAACCUGCAGUUGCAUUUAACUUGCCUACUACAAAGAACACAUCUGCUGUAAAUGCAGUUAAGAAUUCAGAUUUGAAUUCUAUAGAAUCUGAAAAUGAUGCUUCAUUUAGUUUAGCGCCUAAGCCUCUUAAUCCAAUUUCAGUUGUAGCUAGCUCUCCAAUCUCUAAACCAACAGUACAGGUAUAUGGUAGAACUGUGGUAAGAGAAGGUGAGUCAAAUCCAUCGAGACCUAUAUCGACCUCAAGUUCUAUUUUAAAAUCAUCACCAGUUGUUGAUCAUGGUUAUUCUAAUACAAAGAAAAAGCUUGUAAGAACUAAAUUAGAAUCAAUCUCCAAUGCUUCUACCCCCCAAAAAGGAAAGGUAGGCAAACCUACCACAAGCUUAACUGUAUCCCCUAUUAAAACAAGUGACCAGUCUGUCAUAGCACGAACAAUUUCAAGUAUUGUUCAAGAAAAUGUCUCAACAACUUCGAUUGCAGGCUUUAAUAGUAUUAACAGCACUUUGUCUAAAGUUAUCUCUGUAGCUUCACAAAUUGCAAAAACAGUUGCAUCAAGUAAAAACUUGCCUCCAUCUACUUCUAAUGUCCCUAAAACUUCCGCCAAAGCUAAAAGCAAAACUUCAACAAGCAAGACUUUUCAGAAAAAGGGAACUGAUGUUCCUUCUAUAGUGAUUCCAUCCAUACCAAGUGAUUCUGAACAUUCCAGGUCUUUUGUGUUCGAAUCUGCUGGAGAUGUGUAUAUGCUACAGCCAGUUGAAAAUGAUGAAUCUAAAACUGGGGAUCAGAAGCUGACUGAGAUAGUUAAAGUGAAGAACAGAGCUAUUAGUGUUCAGACAGUGCCAUCUGCAAAAUAUUCUUAUUCCAACACUUCCCUGAAGUCAAGCAUAUCUCCAGAAAAGACAAAUCUCAAAGACGAUUCUGAAAUUUUAAAAAAAGUUAAAUACUAUCAACUGGAAAUGAAUUAUUUGUCUUCUCAGGAAGAAUGUAAAAGACUUAAGGUGGAGCUUGCGAAAACAAAAUUGAAGAAUAAAGAAUAUGCUGAAAAAUUGGGAAUUGAAAUGCAACCUAGUGCUUCUACAAACCAUAUGGACAAUCAGAAAGAAUCUUGUGUACAAGCCGAAGAACUUGUUAAAGCUUUUGAGAAGAGAUGUGAUCAAGACAGCAAUGUUUAUACUCUUGUGCGAACAUCAGUUCUACAUAGUUUGUAUGAAGAUAUACAAGAAAUGAGUGCUUCAAACAAGCAACAACAUGAUGAACUAAAAAGCUAUAGAGACCAUGAUACAUUUUAUAAAUUUUUGAAGCAAAAACUGGAAGAUAGAGAGCAGUAGUGCAUCAGAAAAAUAUUUUUGUAAUAAUGAAUGACUUGUAAUCGUUGCUAUUUAUUGUACAUACAGACGUUUUUUAAUUGUAUAGUUUUAAAUCUUUAAAAAUAAAUC